AUGCGGAAAAGGAAAAAAAAGAAACGAGUGGAAGGAGGAGGGAAAUUGAAUUAUUAUCUUCAAUUAGAUAAACAUUUAAUGAAUUGGUAUCGUUCAAAACGUGGACUGGAUCGAGAAGGUGUUGGUGUUCAUAAAGAAAAAGUAACGUUUAAAGGACUGAUUCUAGUAGAACAAAGAUUUUGUGAUGCAAAUAAAUUAAAAGAACCAUCAAAACAAAUGGGGAAACGAACGGUAGCAGCUUCCGAGGAAAAACAUUAUGCAACUGGAGUUAAAGUUUUUUUCAGUCCAAAAUCGGUUAUUAAUACACCAACCAUAGCAAAAUACAUGGCUUGGUGGUUAAAAAAGUCAAAGACGGUAACGAAAAUUGUUCAUAACUGA